UGGACGGCGAAGAUGCAAAAAACAUGCGUCGAGGGGGAAUCGAACCCCCGGCUCCCCGACGCUGCUGGGUGGCAACGGAGAAUUUUACCACUAAACCAUCGACGCAAUUGAGAACGUUGGGGUCUGGCACACCUAUAAAGUCACACGAGGAUGGCCGCGCGCAAAAAGCCUCAGCAAGCGACGAGACAAACGAAACGUUCAAGCUCGCUCUCCGAAUCUCGAGGUCUCGAGACCCCCGUAUCUUGAGAAGCCUGUGUUUUGAUGAUUUGACGGGUGAGAACUCAGACAAACUACCGAAGCAAUGUUGACUUGCAAGAGGCAGGGUGCAGAAGCAAACAGCGUAUCCACUGAGGCCAUUUGCUCUGCGACGAAACAUGAUCUUCAACCAGCGAAAAGACAGCGGAUGAUAACCCAAAGCGGUCUAACGCUGCACGAAACAUGACUGCAGUCUGCAAAAUAAUUCAAUCAUUGAGUCAACUUGAAUUUGUCUUAGCU